CUAUUGCUGGAAAAGUAAAAUUUUGCGCAAAUUUAAACAUUUACGAUAUAUAGGUAGAUUUCUGUACUUGAUGGUGAACAUCUGUGUUUCCGUAUUCUAACCUAGUUGUUUUCAACCGGUGUUAAUUGAAAGAUAUGUACUUAUCUAAACCUUGUUUAUCCCUUGAUAUCUUUAAUUUUUGCAAGUCAUAAUUAAUAAAUAAUUCACAUAUCAUAAUGGAAGACACAAUUUGUCCAAGAUGCAAAACCACCAAGUUUCAAAAUCCGUCCUUAAAGAUGAUGGUGAAUAUAUGUGGCCAUGCACUCUGUGAAAGUUGUGUGGACUUAUUGUUUCUAAAAGGCUCAGGUGCGUGUCCUGAGUGUAGAAUUCCUUUACGCCGAAAUAACUUUCGAAUACAACUAUUUGAAGACCCAGCUGUAGAGAAAGAAGUUGACAUACGUAAAAGAGUAUUAAGAGAUUUCAAUAAAAAGGAGGAGGAUUUUUCUUCUUUAGCUGAAUACAAUGACUAUCUGGAAGAAAUUGAAACCAUUAUUUAUAAUCUAAUGAAUGAUAUUGAUAUUAUAGAAACAAAUAAAAAAAUUGAGAUGUAUAAAAAAGAAAAUAGGGAAUUAAUAAUGAAAAACAAAACUAAACUUGGCAGGGAAGAAUAUGAAUUGGAGGAAAUUAUAGAACUAGAAAAGCAGCAGGAAGAAUUACGGCGAAAUUUCAUAAAAAUGGAAGAGGUAUCAUCCAAAAAGAAAAAAAUUACCCAGAAAGAGGCUCUCAUUGAUGAAUUAAUGUUCUCAAAUGCAAAUGCUUCCAAUAUUGUUGAACACUUUGCACAAAGCAAGCAACAAGAAGUAGAUGUCAUGCCCGACAUGAAAAUGCCGGAGAAAUUGUCGCACUUCUCAACCGGCGUUAAGUUUGGUGCAUCAAUAAAUUCAUCAUUCCUCCCAGUAAAGAUUGACGAAGGGCCCUUGUUCAUCUACAAGCCGGUUUCAUUAUUAAUCGACGGACCACGACCGCCUGCCACUAAGGAGAUCAUUAACGGUGGAUUUGUGAAUCACAUAAGGCAAGAAACAAAUUCGGAACGUGCGGGUGGAUUUAAAGCGCAUAUAGCCUGUCAGCGAGCAUUACAGGACGCGUUCGCAGGUUUGUUUCAUGUGAAGCGCUCACCGACGGCGGAGUAAAGAGAUUAGCAGCCAAAAGUUAGUUUUAAAUAAAACAGACUUUAUAAUAAUAAAACGAAAACAAAAUAUGCAAUAUUGUACAUGUAACAAUUAUAAUGUUGUACUCUUGGUUUCAUUUUCAUGACCAUUUCUUUCAUUAAUCAAUAAUAGUAAUAGUAAUUGAGGGGGAGAAAAAUAGUCUCACUUAAACUAGCACUGUACAAAUGUAUACAUACAACAAACUAAACCUU